UAUGCUGUUCUUUGCUCCCCAAUCCAGACUUGUGGAGGCAGCUCCAAAAUUGUCCGCUGGCAACGGGAGGACGUUUCAGUUUCUCUCGCCGGCUAUACUUUGUAAGGCACACAGGAACAGCGUCUACUCCGUCUCGAAGUUUUGUGCGUUUGGAUAAGGUAGCGUCAAAAUGACGGUGACAAAUCAGAACAAUACAACAAGUGUAAAAAAUUUUACUCUAGCUUGCUUCACCGAAGAGAAAAGGAGAGACAACAGGGGCAGAAUUUUUAGAGUGGUGGCCGCGCUAAAGAAAUGCAGCAACACGCUAGAUCUUCGAACUGGCAGACAAAUCCACGCAGCUGUGAUUCAACGUGAUGACAUCUCCGACGUCUACAUAGCAAACACGCUCUUGGAUAUGUACUUCAAGUGUCGAAGCAUGGAGGACGCUCGCCGGGUCUUUGACUGCAUGCUCCAUCACACAGUGGUGACAUGGACUUCCAUGGUUCGGGGAUACGCAGAAAGUGGCCAGAGCAAUCUGGCCUUUCAGAUGUACUUGAGCAUGCAAGAAGAAGGCUUCGAACCAGACCGUGUCACUCUUCUAGCGGCAUUGAAGGCUUGUGGCAACUUGGCACUUGAAGAACAAGGGAAGCUGGUCGAAGGAAACGUUUUGAAAACGAAGAGUCUGGAAAGAGGCAGGGCAGUUCAUCGUCAAGCAGUAGAAGGUGGAGUUGAAAUGAAUCUCCUGGUGGCAAGCAGCCUGGUGGAUCUCUACGCCAAGUGUGGGAGUCUGGUCGAUGCGAGAGGCGUCUUCGACAGAAUGAGGCAGCGGGACGUGGUGUCAUGGACGUCCUUGAUUAUGGGAUACGCUGAAAGCGGGGAGAGUCAGCUAGCUUUGAGCCUCUUCUCGAGAAUGCAAGAACAAGGCUGUGUCCCGAACGUCGUCACUUACAUGGCUGCUCUCAAGGCGUGUGGCAACCUCUCGGCACUAGAAGCUGGACGACGAAUCGAAGCUCAAAUCCGCAUCGCAAGGCUCCAAAGUAAUCCACUUCUAGCGACGUCUCUGGUGGACUUUUACGGGAAGUGUGGAUGCAUGGAGCAAGCUCGUUACAUAUUCGACUCCAUCUCCAGAAAGGACUUGGUGGCUUGGGACGCUUUACUCUCAGGAUAUAGCCUGCAAGGAGACAGCAAAAAGGUGAUAGAACUCUUGGAGAGGAUGGCUAAAGAUCGAGUGAAACCGGAUGGAGUGGUCUUUCUCUCGGUUCUCGGAGUGUGCAGCCACGCCGGCCUAGUUGACAAGGGACUCAAGCUGUUCGAGGAGAUGAAGACGAAGUAUGGCCUUGCUCCGGACAUCAAGCACUACACUUGCUUGGUUGAUCUUCUUGGCCGGGCCAACCGAGUCGAGCAAGCAGUGACAGUGGUGGCGAGCAUGCCCAUGCAAGCGGACCUGAGAAUAUGGAUGGUUCUACUGGGAGCUUGCCACAAGUGGGGGAAUGUGGAAGCUGGAAGGCUUGCUUUCGACUCGGUGCUGAAACUGGACGAGAGACACGGUGCCGCCUACGUCUUGAUGGCGAACAUCUACAGCCGUGCGGGGAUGACGGAGGAGAGUGAAGAUGUAGAAGCUUUGAGGCGCGAUACUGGGACGAUGAAUGAGCGAAGCUCUUGGACGGACGAAGCUGACAGCUUUGGUGGAGGCCAUGCGGCGGAUGCUGGAGCUCGAGCGGCUUUACAGGCGAAGCUGGAAGAGAUCUUCUCAAACUUCCACUUCGAUACAUCAGCUUAGCGCUUCGAUCAUGGCACUCGAGUCAUUGCCAAAUGCAGCGAAGGUCCAUGCAAUGGGCUCUUCCGAUGUGGUGAUUGCUGGCGCCGGGAUCAUCGGUCUCUCUAUCGCAAAUCGCUUUUU